CGAAUUCAGUUACGUUUAAUUACAUUUGUACUUCCAGAUCAAAAUGACACAACUACUUCCUUCUUGUUUGCUGAUUUUGGUUGCAUUAACAGAUGUUAUGCCAAACCCCAAGUGUCCGGGAUGUGACGACGGCAUUUUGUGCCGCGAUAUUGGAGAAGAAUGGGUGGAAAAGAUAUCCGAAACAUGUACCAGGAAAAUAUGCGACGAGUUUGAUGGUGAAAUGAAAAUAAAGGCAACACAUUUGUAUUGUAAGUGGGAUGAUGGCGGAUGUGUUGCUAGAAGCACAAAAUGGACUGUCAUCAGGGAGGACGGGGUUUGCUGGAUUUACACCUGCAACUAUAAAGAAAUGACAGACGUUAAAGCCGAAAAGAAAUUUCUCGGAAAAUGUUUACCUCCGCAAGUGAUUGAGGACACUCAGAACAAAACAGCUUAAUCGCCCUCAUGAAAUUUGCCAGUCAUCUCUGAUGUGUUUGCCAGAAAGAUACAGCUCGCUGACCCACAUGAAAAUAGAGAAACUUACCAAUCGAAAACCAAAACCAACUCCAAAUCAAUUUACAAUAAACUAAUGAAGAAUAAACUCAUUUAAUAAACUAAUGUAAUAAACUUGUUUCAGAGCCAA